AUGGGGGUCGACGCGGAGAGACUGGAGGUAGGCGGAAGAAGUCUUGGCAAAAAAAGAUCUCAUCUCCGCGUUGCCCGGCCUCCUAUCACCGUCUUCAGCACGACUAGACUCGGAGGCUCAAGAACUACGAUGUCUCUAUUUUCCUCACCAGCAUUGCUGCGCAAUGCCACGACUACGGCUACUGUUGGCCUGUCGCUCUGUCGCUGGAGCUCGACCGCUGCCAUGAGUGCCUUCACUGGCCAGCGCGCCAACAGCUCACAGAACUCCCAAGUCGUCCAGCGCCGCCGGUUACCGAGUCGCCUCAAAUUCCUCGAGGACCAGAAGGCGCAAGGCGAGAGCCGAGCCCUUGAGAGAUAUCAGACCCGUGAUUUCAAGGCCGGUGAUGUCUAUGCCCCUCACGAUCUUAGCCCGACCGAGAUGAAGAAAUGGGGAAAGCGUCAGGCCCCUCGCACAGACGCCCUUGAUGCAUUGAACUUGAAGCCGAUGGAUUUGUACAAGAACUUUUCCGUCAUGUCCGAAUAUAUGACCAGCAUGGGCCGUAUCAGACACCGAUCCGAAACCGGCCUGCGUCCUGUCAACCAGCGCAAGAUUGCUAAGGCCCUUCGCAGAGCCAUUGGCAUUGGUCUUAUGCCUAGUGUCCACCGACACCCCGAAAUCCUCGCAUCCGAGAUGCGGUCACGGAUGGAGGGCCCCGGUGGUUUCUAA